UUGCACUCAACACAAUAUAUUUGGGCCUCCAAGUUCCUCCACAAUGUGUUCUGUGAUGCUCUCGACCUCCGAUUUGAUCAACUUGCAAAACAAAAAUUCCCACUGAGAUUUGGAAUAGUUGGUUCAACAGUAUAAAUGUUUGGCAUCAUAAAACCUUUAUAAACUGGACAGGCAAUGUUUUAAUAAUCAUCUUAACAUUGGCAACUCUCAAUUAUAAAGAGUUAAAUGUUACAGUAUAAUAAUAUGGUAAAAAGCACUUCAAUGACAAAUGAAGAGGGGUAAUAAACACUGAUGUACCUAGUUCAUCUCAAUAUCAACCACUAAUGUAAAGUGUGCGAGCCCCGGUUUUAAACAGGCCCCAGGGCUAAAUUAUUAAAGACAUAGUAUCAAUAAGCUCCACUCUUUCAUUUAUUUAGGCUACAUAAAUGUUAUUUUGCACCUUUUACCUCUCUGAGCUCGUUUCUAACUUACAAUAAAAUUAAGGUAUCUGUCUAAGAAGUAUUUUCACAAUCAGCUCCACACGUGAGAGGCAUGGCUGGCUCCUUCCCUUGCAGUGCUGGGCGAUCAUCCUCCGAUAUGAUUCGUAAUGUUAUAUAAAAACGUCUAUGGUGCCAUAUAACCCUAUAGCGUUUACAUUAUUUUGAUGUGUGGGCUGUUAGGGUAGCUCUGGUGCUAUACUAACGCCGUAUCCCAGCAUUUAAAUUCAGCUUAGCUCAACAGUCGUCAUCAUUGCGUCUCACUCUCGAGCCAUAACUAAUUGGUUUACACUCAAUCCAACAUUUACACUAAUGUGAAUGUUUGGUUAUUCUUGGUUUGAGUUGUCAUGCCUGAAAGAGUGACAGAAGGAUGAUGAUCAUUUAUUUUCAUCACGCGCAAAUCUCUCGGCUUCAGAAGGUGCUCCAAGUGAUUGACAAUCAUGAAGUGUGAUUUACGUUUCUCAAAGGUUUAUGGUGACAAUGCAUGUUUCCAUAAGUCCAGUCAAUCGAAUAUAAUGGGGGAAACAUACGCAACCUUAACAAACAUUGAGCAAAAUACGCGUCCUAUUUAGUGGAGAAAUGCACCAUUUUUCAACUAACCACGAGACCUGCUAGUUCAUCAGUCGCUGCCUCGUCUUCCAGCAGUUCCACAGGUAUGCUAGCCAGACCCGCAAAGAUUUCUAGAUAGAUUGUUUGGCGACACAUAUAUUUGACAGAUAUUAGAGUAUUGUUAAGACUAGUAGUAUUGUUAAAAUCUUACCCUAUCCCUAUUACACGCGCAUAUAACACGCUUAUCUCACAUACGUGAACACAAGUGAUAAGCAUAUGCUGGCUAGUUCAUGAAGCUAACGUAGCAGCAUACUAGAGUUCGUACUCGGCGGGUAAAUCCCCAAUCACUGUUCGCAUUGACAGUUACGAAUGACUAGCGAAUCACAGUCGAAUCGUUACUCCUUGUACUAUUCAGGAAUAAAGAUAUGACAUCAAUCCAUCCAUUGUCUUCCGCUUAUCCGAGGUCGGGUCGUGGGGGCAGCAGCCUCAGCAGGGAAGCCGAGGCUUCUCUCUCCCCAGCCACUUCCUCUAACGCUUCCGAGGGGAUCCCGAGGCGUUCCCAGGCAAGCAGAGAGACGUAGUCUCUCCAGCGUAUCCUGGGUCGUCCCCGGGGUCUCCUCCCGGUGGGACGUCCCCGGAACACCUCACCAGGGAGGCGUCCAGGAGGCAUCCUAAACAGAUGCCCGAGCCACCUCAUCUGGCUCCUCUCAAUGCGGAGGAGCAGCUUCUCACCGUAUCUCUAAGGGAGAGCCCGGACACCCUGCGGAGGAAACUCUUUUCGGCCGCUUGUACCCAGGAUCUUGUUCUUCAGCUCGUGACCAUAGUCCCGAACCCCUGCUCUGGUUUUUGAACAUGUGAACAAUACAGACUUCAAGCAAUUGUAUCAAACCCUAUCUGACUUUGACAUACGGUUUUACAUGUAUGAAAUCUUAAAGGCUCUGGAUUACUGCCAUAGUAUGGGCAUUAUGCACAGGGAUGUCAAGCCACACAAUGUAAUGAUCGACCACGAACACAGAAAGCUCCGCCUAAUCGACUGGGGCUUGGCUGAGUUCUACCACCCAAACCAGGAAUACAACGUGCGAGUGGCCUCCAGGUACUUCAAAGGACCUGAACUACUGGUAGAUUACCAGAUGUAUGACUACAGUCUUGACAUGUGGAGUUUGGGCUGCAUGUUGGCGAGCAUGAUCUUCAGAAAGGAACCUUUCUUUCAUGGUCACGACAACUACGAUCAGCUUGUGCGAAUUGCAAAAGUCUUAGGCACAGAAGACCUGUACGACUACAUCGACAAAUACAACAUUGAAUUGGAUCCACGGUUCAACGACAUCUUGGGAAGACACUCCCGUAAAAGGUGGGAGAGGUUCGUGCACAGUGAGAACCAGCACUUGGUCAGCACAGAGGCCCUGGACUUCCUGGACAAACUGCUGCGCUACGACCAUCAAGCCCGGCUGACAGCCAAAGAGGCCAUGGAUCAUCCAUACUUCUUUCCCAUCGUCCGAGAUCAGGGAAGAGGGGCCACUCCUGGAGGGAUGGCGGCCAGCUCAACACCAGUCAGCUCUUCAAGUAUGAUGGCUGGCAUCAGCUCAAUGACCUCCGCACAGCCGCUGGCGAACAUCGCUGGAUCACCCGUCAUCUCCGCCCCCAGCACUCUGGCCACACAAGUCCCUGCAGCCACUGGGGCCCAGCCCUGAGGGACUGCACACCUCCCCCCUCCUCUAUUGCCCCCUAGUCCUGUGUUUGUGUGUGCUCAUGGCCACAUCCUGCCUAGUUCUCGCUGUGGCCCCCAGGCCACGGUUCCCCUUUUUAUGUCGACAAUAACAAAGAUUUAAAUUGCUUUUCACAUUCAUUUAUAUUUUGACACCUGGACUUGACAGAACAUGUAUCGUUGCACCUGUCAGGAUUAUUAGAAUUAAUUUGGGUGUGUUAUUUGACAAUUCUAAUAAGAUGUAGACAUGAAGAGAAUGGAUAAUAAAAUUUAUUUUGUAUGUUCCGAAUAUACAGUCUUGCUUGAAACUGUUUUGGUGCAGGAUCCUUCUGUACGACACUGUGAACCUCCCCACGACUUCACGUGACAGUCAGGACUCUGGUGUGCUCAGUGUUGUGCGCACACAACACACACACACACACACACAUCGCUAUGUGCAGGGGUUGUCGGUCUUUUGAAGUUGUUAGUUGCUAUAAUUCAAGAAUUGGACUUUUGUAGAUAUUCUACAGUAACUGUCAGGUUGCAUGCACCCAAUGCUGAAUAUCACAGGGUCGAUAGAUUGCCAAUUUUAUGUUACGUUCACUUCUGUACGUGUAUGUAUGUGUUCAUGUUUGUUUUUUUAUGAAGUCUCUUACAAAUGAUUUUGAUGACAGAUAAUUUUGUAACUUUUUGUUUUAUGUUGGGAAGAGGCAUCACCUACAGAAAACAACUUGGAAAAAAAUAAAACAGUUUAAACGGG